AUCUGAAGCUAUGCUCCCGUUGAAUAAAUUUCAGAAAAAACCACCGAAAAUAAAAAUCACAGAGAAAGUAGCCAAGAAGAGAGAAAAUAUUGAAAUAUUUUCUUGGAUCUGCAGAUUUUGCUCACGCAUUCUCCAGAAUCUGGCGAAUUCGUUCUUCGUAUUGACGAAUUUUCGAUGAAUCGUUUAGGUCAGAAAUCGGUGGUCUACCACGGAGAGUUGCGUCUGGGGGAGCUUGAUGUGAAGCAGGUCUCUUCCGCCUCCGGCAACAACGAAUUUCGCUUCCCUAACGACGAGAUUCGAAUCCACCACGUUUCUCCUGCCGGCGAGAGGUGUCCUCCGCUCGCCAUUCUCCAGACUAUCGCUUCUUUCUCCGUUCGAUGCAAGCUCGAGUCCUCCGCUCCGGUCAAACCUCCCGAGUUGAUGCGUCUUCACGCCGUCUGUUUCCAUGAAUUGAAGACUGCGGUGGUAUUGCUGGGAGAAACGGAGAUUCAUUUAGUGGCGAUGCCGAGCAAGGAGAAGAAGUUCCCUUGUUUCUGGUGUUUCUCACUCCCUUUAGGUCUCUACGAUUCCUGUUUAAGGAUGCUCAACACUCGCUGUCUCUCUAUUGUCUUUGAUCUUGACGAGACUCUCAUUGUUGCCCAUACCAUGAAGUCCUUUGAGGAUCGCAUCGAAGCUCUCAAGGUUUGGAUCUCCCGGGAGGUUGAUCCUGUCAGGAUUCAUGGAAUGUCCGCUGAGCUUAAAAGGUUUAUGGAUGAUAGGAUGCUCCUCAAGCAGUAUAUUGAUAAUGACUAUGCUUUUGAUAACGGUGUUUUGCUCAAGGCUCAGCGUGAGGAGGUCCGCCCUACUUCUGACGGCCUCGAGAAAGUUUAUAGACCUGUCAUUAGAUUGCCUGAAAAGAAUACCGUUCUUACUCGGAUCAAUCCUGAGAUCCGUGACACUAGUGUGCUUGUAAAACUUAGACCAGCGUGGGAGGAGUUAAGGAGCUAUUUGACAGCAAACACUAGGAAACGCUUUGAAGUUUAUGUUUGUACCAUGGCUGAAAGGGACUAUGCUUUGGAAAUGUGGAGAUUACUCGAUCCGGAAGCGCACCUGAUAAGCCUCAAGGAGCUUCGAGAUCGUAUUGUAUGCGUUAAACCAGAUGCCAAGAAAUCGUUGUUAAAUGUCUUCAAAGGUGGCAUAUGCCACCCUAAAAUGGCAAUGGUUAUUGAUGAUCGUGUUAAGGUUUGGGAGGACAAGGAUCAACCACGGGUUCAUGUUGUUCCUGCAUAUCUUCCAUAUUAUGCUCCACAGGCAGAGACAGCCCUUCCCGUUCCAAUUCUUUGCGUAGCAAGAAAUGUUGCAUGCAAUGUCAGAGGUUACUUUUUCAAGGAAUUUGACGAGAGUUUAAUGAGUAGUAUAUCUUUGGUUUACCAUGAAGAUGAUGUGGAAACUUUACCCCCUUCACCGGAUGUGAGCAACUAUGUCAUUAUAGAGGAUCCUGGCUUUGCCUCAAAUGGAAACAUAACUGCUCCUCCAGUUAUCGAAGGAAUGUGUGGGGGUGAAGUGGAACGCAGACUAAACCAAGCGUCUGCAGCUGAUUCUUCUACUCCUGCAACGAGUAACGCUGAGCAGAAAUCUGAAACCCCCAAGCCGCAGAUAGCAGUUAUACCAAAUAACGCUAGCACAACAACUGCAGCAGCAUUGUUACCUUCUCAUAAACCUAGUUUGCUUGGAGCUCCUAAACGAGAUGGCUUCACUUUUUCUGAUGGUGGAAGACCUCUUAUGAUGAGGCCUGGUGUUGAUAUAAGAAACCAGAACUUCAAUCAGCCUCCUCUUCUGUCUCGAAUUCCUAUGCAACCACCUUCGUCUUCUAUGCAUCCUCAGGGUGGUUGGUUGGUAGAUGACGAGAACCGAGCUCCUUUUCCUGGUCGACCUGCAGGAGGUUAUUCAAAUCAGCUUCCUCAUGGUAUACAAGGUUCUGCUCCUGUCACCAACCCAUCCCACUUGAGGAGCGAAGAGUUAUGUGUGGAUGAUGACCUCAAAAGGCAAAAUGCUUCACGUCAACCAACAGAAGGGGGAAUCCCCCAGAGUCAACUGGUGUCAAAUGGUGGAGAACAUCAUGCAGAUAGUGGAAAGAGUAAUGGUGGGCAGUCUCACUUAUUUGUGAGUGCACUGCAGGAAAUUGGAAGAAGAUGCGGUUCAAAGGUGGAGUUUAGGACUGUGAUGAGUACCAACAGAGAGUUACAGUUUUCAGUUGAGGUUUUGUUCACGGGGGAGAAGAUUGGCAUUGGGAUGGCAAAAACUAAAAAGGAAGCACAUCAACAAGCGGCUGAGAAUGCUCUUCGGAGCUUGGCUGAAAAAUAUGUUGCUUAUGUCUCACCUAUUGCUGGAGAAACAGAGAAAGGUUCCAAAAAUGAAAAUGGGUUUUUGUGGGAAAACAAUGAAGCUGUAGGGAACGAAGGGCUUGAAGAAGAAGAAGCCACCUGAAGAAAACAUUUCUGAGUUGUCAGUUUUCUCUGCAAUGGGGAAAUUUAGGUGAUGGUCUUAACAACAACUACGGAGAAAUAUGUGGGGGAAGAAGAAGUGUAAGUUAAAUAUUCCUUAACCAAAUGGAAAGAGCUAUAUAGAUCAGUGGUUUCUUUCCUUUUUAUCACACUAUUUUCUGUUAAAAAAAGUUCCAAAUAAGGGUGUUAUAUCAUGUUAGAUAUAAUCAUUUCCCCAUAGUAGCAUCUGGUCUUUGCACAAACUAUUUGUAUAGUUGAUUAUAUAAUGCGUCUUUUUUGCUGAUGUUGAACUAA